AUGGCCCAACUUGAAGUCCCCAAGCAACGCUCAGGCAGCCCGAAGAAAACAUCGGAGCACAGCAAGGACUUUCCCUCCUUCUCAUCCUCAGGAUCCUCCUCGUCCGCCGAUACUCCCGUUGUCUUCAGCGUGUUUUACGGUAGACCGCCUGGCCCUCCCUCUUCCGUGUCGCCUCAUUCCAGUGCGCUCAAACAUGUUUCAUUCGAGACCAGGUUGAGCACCACAUUCAUCGAACACGCUCGAAGGAGGGCGAAGGAACCGCGAGGUCGAAUAUGGGAACGUCGCAAACACCGUCGGGACUGCGAUGCUAUGCAGUUUAGAGAAAUCGCGUCUCUCGCGAGCACACACCAGGAUCGGAUACUCGAGCUAUGGGGGGAGAAAUGCUGUGUUAUUUGUGAAAACCAGCCUGCUACAGCGGUGGUUUACCUGCCUAUUUGCUGCACAUAUGACGGGUAUUAUACUCUUGCGGACGGGGAUAAGCUGUUCGGGUUGAUGCUGUCGAUUGCAAAACUGGUGACAGACCUCGACUCAGACGUGAAGGUUCGCUCAGCUAUUGGAAGCAAUGUCCAUACACCGUAUAUCAACGUCAUAGCUGUGCCGGUCUGUUAUGCAGAGGAUAGCUGUCGCAAGGAGGCGAACUCAGACAUCGUGAAGUUUUUAAAGGGGUUUGGAUUCGGUGAUAGCCAUGCUGGAGACGAAGGAAAGACAGAGAGCUACGAGAAUAAUAACGAGGAAAGGGCGAAAGAUGAACAAUCACAAAUAUUCAGACCGCUCCUGCACCGUCGAUCAACUUGCAGCUCAAAAUUUGCCACAGAUAUGGCCAUGUUUCGCGAUGCGGUCGAAGCCGAUGAAUGGGAAGACAACGAUGUCAGUGAUAGCAGCGAAGAUGGAGUACCGAACGAACCCCCUGUUCCCAGCAUCCCCAGCAGCAGUCCUACACGAAUGUAUAUGCAGGAGCGGAUUCCACUACGAUACACGGUGAUUUGCGGCCAACCGAUCCUCGACCAAGGCCAAGAUACGACACAACUCGAUGCAGGCCGUCUGACAUGUCUUGUCUUCACUUCUCGAUGGGAAGCUGGCCUACUAGAAUCAGUCGCAUGCACCAACAAUGACCCGGAGACGUACCAAAUUAUAGCGUCAUUCCAUGAACGAUUUAUCAUGGCAUCAGCUGAAUUCCGCUGCUGCAUCUGUCCAGAUCCGGUAUUAGCUAUGACGUUGGUACAUUGCCCGAUUUCCUUUAGACGAGAUACUGAGAACUCCUCCGGCGUCCAACCUCAUCGGCAAUCAAUGAUCAGGCUGCUGCAGUAUACCAAAGGAAGGUGGAAUUACCCCGAGGCGAAAGCGGCGCUAGGAUAUGAUGGGAUUUGGCACAUCAGCGACUUUGUGGUCCCGAUAUGCCAUAAGGGUUCGUUAUGUGAAAAAACAGCAAGGAUUGCUGCCAGGCAGUUUAUUGACGGUAUAUUUGCUAGUAGCACCAAAACCUGCUAUCCAGAUCUAUCCCCCGAUACCGACCUCCUUAGCGCAUAUUGGGUUGAGAAUGGAGGUAAAACGCCCAAGGUGGUAGUUGAAAGAGUAGGGCUGGGGCUGUUUACCGACAGUGAGAACCCGGAGGACGCUAGGGCACAGGUGAUCGCGAAGAAUAACGAAGCUAUUGGGGAACUCAGGCGCUUUGUCAAAGCCAGAUACGAAAGUAGCGAUGAAGCUAUCGUUGCUGGAGGUUCUAGUGCCUUGUUCCCUGAACCGGAUAGCAGAGACAACGACACGGGCCCAUGUCUCCCCGAGUCGUUGCGUGAGGAGCUUAUGCUGGAGGAAGGAAAAAUCUACACAUACACUAUUGAAGAUGAGAACGCUAUUGGGCCUGCUGAGGCAGAAGAACUGGGUAUACCGACAUGGGGCGGAUACCCUCUCUGCGAAGAGUCGGCCAAGCUCGUUGCCGCAGGAUUUCACGAGACGGCGUUGAUGAAGCCGAUGAUUACGAUGGAUGUUCUUAGGACACUGAAGGAGACGAGAGAGUCUAUUAAAAGGAGAUAUCGUAUACGUGAAGGCGAGGAUUUCAAGGAGAAAAUGUAG